AUGUCUUUGGCGUUUAUCAAAAGGGCCUUCAGUCUCAAAAAGAACGUUGAUGAACAUCACAUUGAGGAUUUCUUAAGAUGGCAUCAUGUGGAGGGAUUCUGCAAUGCAGCGCAAUUGUCAAAAACUUUUAGGAAGAAUGCGCUGCGUCUCAUAGUUAUAAGACAAUCGAGUGAGUCUAUUGUUUUUGAUUCAUCUCUAAACAAGAAUCAAUCCCGACUGCCCGUUUUUGGCAGUGGAGAUAGCAAAGUUUCUCUGGCUGAAAUUGCUUUCGGUUCCUUUCCUUUAACUCACCAAAAGGAUUUGAGAGCUUCUGUUAAAUUGCAUGACCUUAGGUCCAGUCGCCAUGUUUUGCUUACAUACAUAUACUAUCCUUCGGCAAAGCGCGUUCGUACACCAUCUUCUCUCUCUUACGGCAGAAAGCAGACAGGAAGUACGGAUAAUGACAUCUGGUCAAACAAUUUAUCGGCACCCUCUCCUGGUGACUUAACUGUGGCUGUCUGUGUAUUAAUAAACAUUGAUUGGGCUCAUUCCCUUGCCAAGUAUAUUUCCGCUGGAUUCUCGCUCAGUUCGAAGCAGAUCCUUCCGGUCGAUCUGCUUGAACGAUUCUACGCACUACUUUUUGAUCAUUUUCUCCAGAUUAGCGUAUCGUUUCAGUCGCUUUCUGAAAUGAUUGGACGUUUACUUACAACCAGUGCAGCUAAUCAUUCCCAAAAGUCAAACUUUAGUGAAACCCACGAAAAAAUCAAUCGGGCAUUUACGGAUUUUCAGCGCACUUUCCGCGAUCUCUGCAUUCCCAGGCUUUGCCGUCCUGUUUGGCCCAGUCUUUCACUAGCUUACGCCUCGCAGUCUGAUACACCUACCGGGUCAAGACGGUUGUCUGGUAGAGGAUCCAGUCCGUAUCAGAGCUUCCCACUGAACAUAACACCUCUUCCCACUCAUUAUGAGUCAAUGUCUAACUCCUUUGUUCGCGGGUGUCUAUGCUCACUAAUCUCGAGGAGCAUGUCCAAGGAUCGUUGUCAAUUUUUGGCACAGCUCGUGACCGGUGUCCUGAUGCAACAUCGUGGUUGGAUACCUACGGUUAUGCUGAAAAUUCAAAACCCUAGCGCUGACUCAGAAUGGGCUGUUUGUGAAGCUCUGAGUGAUGGCUUUGCUCGAGUAAUGACAAGUGGAGGUGGGGUGGAGAAUUCACUUUUGAUUCAGCACCUGGUUCAGUCAGGCUGCGACUUGAAUCGCCACUCCUGUGAGGACGCCAAAAUUCUAAACACCUCAGGCACCGCCUUGGCGACUACUGUUAUCUAUGGCAAUGCUGGUGGAAAUGGACUUCAACAACAGCAGCAUCGAGACCGUCUUCUGGCCCUACUCUAUUUCAGCUCCUACUUUCUCCGACCUCCAUAUUUCCUCCUCCAGGCGCAUGAACAGCUUCCUGAUUUGGGCAUCGCUGACCUCUAUGAAUUAGAGCAACGAAAACGAAAGCGUUCACCUCCCAUGAAUGAAUUGUGUUUUUUGCAGUCCUUGCAACGCCCUCAAAGCGGCAGCGGCAGUCGGCGCAAGUCAAGUAGUCAGCUGAGUGCAUCUCUGAUGGCUGGUCAACGCGGUGGAGUAGUGGACAUUUAUGACUCGGGUAUCGCUUCACAGGAGGACCUGAGUGCUGCUGUGCUUCAAACGUUCCAGCAAUAUUCAUCCAGCGCUGGCUCAAGUCCCAGUCAUCCUCCCGUCGGUGCCUCGGCCAUCUGUCUUCCUGGUCGCCUGACUCAUGAGCAGUGCCGCAUUGCAGAGGCCGCGGCUCAAGCCCUUGUCUCGCGCGAAUUUGCUGCUGUUGCCGCCGCUAAUGCAACCAAACCAUUUCAGCAGCAGCAACAACAGCAACAGUACAACCCUCCACAGCAUCCCUCGUCCACUUCACCCGUAUAUGCUGAUUCAUCAACAUCUAAGCACCGGGAGCAUACCUGGACCAUGGGUAUGGCGGGACGGAAUCGAAAAAUGGUUGCAGGAUUGCUUGCUGCUUCAUCAUCAGUUGGUGGGAGUGGGAGUGGGGGUGCUGCUGGCAACAAUGGAGAAGCCACUAGCAACGUCUUCUACUCCUCCAUCACACCGAACGUCUCUGCGGGUGUGCCCUGUUUUAGUGCCUCUAUCUCUUCAACGCCGAACAAUUUUAGUGACCUUACGGAAAUCCCCUUACUCAUUGAAAAGUGGUACGAUUAUGAAUGGGACAGUUGUUGGUGCCUUGGAGAAGGAAUUGGCCCGGCUGUGUUGGGGAAGAAUUAUUGUUGUGGCGGGAGCAGCGGCUCUACAGCGCGCUCGGUCGCUUCGGCUGUGACCGUGCACUAUGGCUCUUCGGUGGAGCGCUACGCCUCCGCCGACAACGAUGACUCUGUGGAAGUAGGAACCGUCUGCCACGCGGACAUGGAGUCCUCUGACGAUGGAACACAGAGCAGCCUGGGCACCGGUGGCGGUCCCGAACUCACUUUACACAGUCCCAUCAGUGCCUCUGUAUUGGAGCACUACACCAGCGGUCUUGCUCUUCAGGCUACCACCGAAUCUGCUACAACUUUCCGUGGACGGCUCAUGGAUGACCUUACCUCGUGGUUGAGCUUUGCCCCUACUCUUCUUCGACGUGCCGUCGCUCCCCCUCCCGUCAUCCGACCUAGAUCACUGUCCCGUUUCUCUAAUCAUUCCCCUCAGCUCUCACGCAACGCUUUCCGAUGCUCCGCUCUCCUCGUCAAUGUUGACGCCUCCACGGUAGAGCUAUUGACUGUAAGGAGAAGUGGAUCGGGAGCUGCGGUUAACCGGAAGAGAAAUCGACGACCGAAGAAACCAAAUGAUUCUAUUUCAGCAACAGCAGCGUCGCCUCUAAGCUUUUUCUUACCCUCAAAUGCAUCUGUGACUGGGUCGUUUGAGGUCGAGGGUCGAAAGACCUCGGGAACGUCGAAUUCAGACUCCUCCACCGACGAAGAACGCGCAGAUGCGCCAUCAAGCCAAUCGCGUAUUCUGGUACAUUCACCCUUAGUUUUGCGCCUAUUGGAGACAGUCAAGUUAAUCUACGAUAGAUCCGGUGGGUGCUCUGCCAUAGCACUCCAACACCUAGAAACGGGGUUGCAAAAUCUUUGUAUCCUUGGUUGCACUUUGGCUGACCUUCUGGUGCCCUCUAUUACUUCGCCAGAUGGCGGUCCUGAUGCUCCGCUUAUCUUUAAACAAAAUCCGGAGGCUAUUGCAAAUAUUAUGGGAUGUCAUCGUAGUGACCUUCCACUGUUGUUGUCUAUUGCGGGCUCAGUGUCAUGCAGGGCAGCAGCCGUGAUAGAAACUUACGAGCUGGACCAAAUGUGGUGA